GGGUGUGAUCAGAGACACAUGUUCAUGUGUUAUGAUGAGUCACUGACCCUGGUGAAGGAGAAUAAAACAUGGGACGAGGCGCUGGAGCACUGCAGGACCCUGAACAAGGCCAACAGCUACGACCUGGCAACCCUCAUCACAGACGACGACCACGACUUUGCACAAGAGAAAGCCCAAUUGGCAACCACUGAGGAGAUGUGGACAGGCCUGCGUUACCUUGGUGAUGAGUGGUUCUGGGUGGGUGGAGAACCGGUGCAGUACCAGAACAUUCCAAGUUGCCCGGCUGAGAGGUGUGGAGUCCUGGAGAAUAACAGGAACUCAUCCUUUGGGAUCAGAGACUGCAAUGAGAGGAGGAACUUCUUCUGUUACAUAAAACCUUAA